CUUUGACGCUUCACUGCCACGCCUCAAUUCUACGAUUGUCAUGUCUUGAUACUGCACUGUAUAUUCUCCUGUAUAUUUACAUCUUUAUCUCUCAUAUAUUCUACGAUUAUAUAUAUACUGUUUUUCGAUUUCGAUUUCUAUUUCUAUUUAAAAUGAACAGACCAGGCAUUGCGUCCAUGUCGCUCAGCCGACCAGGCCUGCACUCGCUGCUCGACAAGCUGCGGAUUGCAUCCCAAGCCGGGUUCCAGGGCAUCGAGCUGUUCAUCGACGACCUCGACCAUCUGGCCGAGACGGAAUGCAAGUCCGACCUGGAGGCUGCGGCGCAGAAGGUGCGCUCGUUGUGCGACAGCCUGGGGCUGACCAUCAUCUGCCUGCAGCCGUUUGGCUUCUACGAGGGCCUGGUGGACCGCGCCGAACACGACCGGCUCGUGAACGAGAAGCUGCCUCUGUGGUUCCGACUGGCACACAUCCUCCAGACAGACAUGAUCCAGGUGCCUGCCAACUUCCUGGGCCCGGAUCCCGAGACCGGCCUGCCACGCACGUCGGGCGACCUGGACCUGAUCGUCUCGGACCUGCAGGAGCUGGCGGACCGCGGGCGGGCGCAGAAUCCCCCCUUUCGCUUCGUGUACGAGGCUCUCUGCUGGUCGAACCACAUCAACACCUGGGAGGCCUCGUGGGAGGUUGUCCGGCGUGUCGACCGCCCCAAUUUCGGGCUCUGUCUGGAUACCUUCAACAUCGCGGGCCGCGUGUACGCCGACCCGGCCCGCGCGGACGGCAAAACCCCCAACGCAGAGGAGGACAUCAAAGCCUCCAUCGCGAGACUCACCGCGCAGAACGUCGAUCUCGCCAAAGUGUUUUACAUCCAGAUCGUCGAUGGCGAACGUCUCGCCGCCCCGCUGGACGAAUCCCAUCCCUUCCAUGUCGCCGGCCAGCCCGUGCGCAUGAACUGGUCGCGCAACGCCCGGCUCUUCGCCUUCGAGCAGGAUCGUGGCGGUUACCUGCCCGUCCUCGACAUCGCCCAGGCCAUCUUCGAAUCCCUCGGCUUCCGUGGCUGGGUCUCCCUCGAGCUGUUCUCGCGCACCCUCGCGGACCCUUCGCCGCAGACGCCGGUCGUCCAUGCCCAGCGGGGGUUCGAGUCGUGGAAGAAGCUGGUCAAGGCUUUGCAACUCGAGGAGCCUCAGCAUCGUUUGUAAACAUGAUACAUAUACAUAUACAUAUACAUAUACGUAUACAUAUACGUAUAUACUCAUAUAUAUAUAUAUGAUAAGAGAGGGGGUUAUUAUUAUAGAAAUAGACGUAUACCACACUACAAUACCAUCAAUUAUUAAUAUUAUCUUGUUGAAUAGUAU